CCCUUUAUUGUAUUUUAAACUGAGUUUUCAACAAUUGAGUAUUACAAAUUAAAACUGUACAAAAUCACAAUUGAAAUGGUUGAAAAAGGAACGAUAAGGUGAUGAAGAAGCAAUAAGAAAAAAUUGGAAUAAAUCAUCGAUAAGAAACACUCCUUAAGAUGUUCAAGUGUUCAUCCUAGUUACUUUAUAACAUUGAUACGUAAAACAGAUUUUUCUUGCUCAUUGAAUAGGUAAAUUCUAUAGUUAGUUGAUUACCUUGUUGAAGGUCAUAAAUCAAUUUGUUAACAAUCAAUUUAGGACAAACAUAUUGAUAUGUGAGUAAAUAGUAAUCAGUUUCCGUCCAUAAUUUCAUGUCCAAUGUAACCUAACCUAACCUGACCCAAUGUGAAGAUAAAAAAUAAGGUGAAAAUUGAUGGAUGUUGACAAGUGAUCCAAAUCAACAAUUAGAUCAUUGAAUAAAGUAAACUGAAUCAUCUUGAACAUUUAAAAAUUAGGUGACAUUUAAGGCUAUUUGGUGGACCUGGAAAGUCGCUGUUUUUGGUUAAUGCAUUGGGUGAAGACAAUGUUCAUCUGAUAAUGGAGAUGAUGAAGCAAAUAGGAAUGUAAAUUUUUGGUUGGCGUUUUCAUCGUUAAGGAUAAUCCAUUGUUGUCAAGUCAAGUGGGAACCAAAGUUAUAUUUGAUACAAUGGUUAGGCCUUUUUAUUUGUGAAAACGUGAGUGUCGUGCUCCGUCAUCUCGGUCCCCAUCCUCAUCUUUAUCCUCCUCAUCAUCAUAUUAUUAUUAGCUAUAGGAUCUUUGUAGCUCCUCCUUGUAACUCGUGAGGCUCAAAUAGGCCAAACCUUUGUGAAAAGGAACCCAAAAAUGUAUUUACUUUUCCAUUUUCAUUUACUUUCAAGUGUUCGGACCAAGUAUUUAUAUUUUUUACAUUCAAUUUCAAUAUUUUUGAUAAUCCUUUUUCCCCUGUCUUUUUACACAAUGUCAGUUGUUGAUGUUCAUGCACAAAUUUUUAGACCCUGGGAUCAAUCUUCAUCUUCAUCAACCUCGUCAAACUCAUCGACUUCAUCAUUUCAACCAUUAACCUUGUCUUCUUCGUCUUCACUGUCAUCGCCAUCUCCAUCAUCAACAUCACCAUGUUGCUCACAAUUGAAUCAACUAUAUUAUAAUUGUUUAAAUGUGUUUACUCCACAUCAAUAUCAUCAACAUCAAAAUGCAUCUUCAUCAGCUACAAUUAUGCAGCAAAAAAAGCAACGACCAAAGAGGUUUAAAUGUCCACAUUGUCAAGUUUCAUUUUCAAAUAACGGACAACUCAAAGGACACAUAAGGAUUCAUACAGGUGAACGUCCAUUUGCUUGUGAUCAUGAAAAUUGUGGCAAAACGUUUACUAGAAAUGAAGAGUUGACUCGACAUAAACGUAUUCACAGUGGAUUAAGGCCUUUCUCUUGUUCAAUAUGUUCAAAGAGAUUUGGUCGUAAAGAUCAUCUUAAAAAGCAUAUUAAAACCCAUCAAAGAUGUGGACCAAUGUCAAUCCCGAUUCCAAUCCAAUUGAACCAAUUACAGUUUCCAUUCAAUUAUAAUCCAUGGAUAACACCUUUAUAAUAAAUGGCCAAUCAAAUCAACACAAUUU